AUGGCAGACCCAAGAUCCUUGAGCAGAGACAAUGUUCUGGACGUUGCAACCAGAGCUUUGCGUGAUGAUCAACCGAGUCUCAAAACACCGUAUGAAGCUAUCGCUCUCAUUGGGCAUGCCUGCAUGGCAGCGGUAGACUUUAGGCUAGUGGGACUCGGCGAAGAUCACAACAUAGAAUCCACAGAGACGCCCACCCUCCCCGCAGAAUGGAACGCUAACAGUACCUUUACCUUCCGAUAUGCCCACGAACAAUCGCCGACACAAUACCUACUGAGAGUGAGUCGACUUGGUAAAAAUGCCGUGGUGAAUGCUGUGAGACUGGCCGAUGACCGCACCGGUUCUUUUGAUGUAUCUGUGAAAGACUUCAUCUCGGAGUCUGCGCUCCCAUUAUCAUCAACAGACAAUAUCACCGCUGCCCUCCAUAAGGUUUUCAUCUCAUCGGAUCAUCUCAGUCAACUGAUCGCAUUUUUCAAAACCAAUGUUAUCCAAGAACUCGCCCCAGGUCUGGGCAAAGAAUCCUCAGAGGGCUCGACUCGGGAAUUCCAGGAGGCACUCCGCCAACAACCAGAAGAUAGACCUCGCCGAGACCCUUUGCGAGAUGAUUCCAUUAUGCCCGAGCCCGCCCGUCCUUACCCAUUUGAUGAUCCACUGGCCAGUGCACCCCGCCAACCCCAGCCAACGGGCGAUUUCCCCCCUCCUGGAUUUGAAGAUGAGUUUGAAAUCAAUCGUCCCGCGCGCGGCAUCCCUCCCGGAUUUGGUGGCGGAAGAGGCGCUUAUGGUAUUGGAGAUCGUGACCUCUAUCCAGCUGGACUUGGCCCUCACGAUCCCCUCCGAGGACCUGCUGGCCCUGGAUUUGGAUCUGGUGGUGGCAUGCACCCAACCUUUGAUGACCCCCUAUUUGGUGGACGCGGUGGAAAUGGUGGGUAUGAUCCUCUUGCACCACCUGGGGCCAGAUAUGACCCCCCCGGACCAGGUGCUCCACCACACGGCCGCAGCCGAGGACCAUUUGGAGGACCUGGUGGAGGCUUCGGGGGUGGAGGCUUCGGGGGCGGAGGCUUCGGGGGCGACUUCAUUUAA